UUCAAAAUCAUGGCUUUAUACAUAAACUACUAGUAACCGAAUUAGUUUCACAUCAGCUUCCUGUAAUUAUGGCGUCAAAUAUUUCCGUUUUCCGCUUUAGGUUAAAAUGUAAAGGAUACCCAUGACAGAGUAAUUGUUUAAUAGGUCCAUGCAAAGCUUAUAACAUAAUCAAAUCCUGAGGCUUGACGAAUUUACCGUCAGGCCUAGGCUGUGCCAGGUAAUUCGAGCGUAACUGUAAAUCCAUAAAUAUAUGUAAUUCAGAAUGCGAGUGUCACUUUGAUACUAUUCGCGUUACUGUUACGUUGUUCAUUUUAGCAACAUGAUCCAAAAAUUGUCUAUAUUAAUCAUAUGUUCCUUUCUGUCAGAAAUCUAUAGUUUAAAUUGCCGGACAGAGGGUAGUCUGAAAAGCGAUGAGUUGAAGAAAAUUUAUAAUAACUGCUUGAAGCAACAAGAGGGGAAUAAUUAUAGCGGUUCCGAAAAUUCUGAAGAUUGGCAAGAUCGUGGUUCGGAUGGAUCGGAAAAAGAACGGAACAAAAACCAGAGAAAUAGAGAAGAAAAUAAAAACAGAGAACCACCUAAACACUGGAUGGAUGAUAGAUCAGACAGAUAUGAAAGUGACGAUAGUAGACAAAAUUAUCACGACCAAGGUAUGGAUGGAAAAAAUCAACACAAUUACGGAAAAUCUCAUAACCAAAAUGACAGAAGAAUGGAUAACAAUCAUAGAAUGGACGGGGAUUACAGAACUAAUGCUAACAAUUAUCAGCAAAACUAUAAUAAUCAUGAGGGUCAGGGUCUCUAUCAAAAUGGUGAAUAUGGAAGUGAAACGAAACGCAAUAUGUACUCGUAUCCUAAUCAUCGUUAUAAACGAGAUCGAUCCGAAAAAAACUCAGGUCAGAGAAGCCAGUACAAUCCAAAUACUCCGAGAUCGGACGACAACCAUCGUGAAAGGAACUCAAGUGAUAAUUUCAAAGAUGGUGGAAAGGCCUGUGCUAUGCACUGUUUUCUUGAUAACUUGCAUAUGACAGGAGAUAAUGGAAUGCCGGACCGUUACCUAGUAACCAAUGCGAUGACCAAAGACGUGAGAAAUGAAGAUUUGAGGGAUUUUCUUCAGGAGUCCAUCGAAGAGUGUUUUCAAAUUCUCGAUAAUGAAAAUACCGAGGAUAAAUGUGACUUUUCUAAAAAUUUAUUAGUCUGCUUAUCAGAGAAGGGACGAGCCACUUGUGAUGAUUGGAAAGACGACAUACAGUUCAAUUAA